UUGCGGGCCCCGCCCCGGGGCGGGGCUUUCCCGCGGUGCCCCGGCCGCGCUGCCGCACGUCCGCGAGUCCCCGCUGCUCUUCCUCGCCGUGGCAGCGGCCUUGCCGGAGCCGGAGCCCCAGCCCCGCGGCAGGUCGGAGAUAACUUUAAUUAUUUUCUGGUCAGAUGUGGAGCUCCUCCUGCGGCUCUGCUCGGCUUUUUCAUCACUACUUCGAUGGACAAGUGACAGGUAGCACAAGACACAGGAAGAAUCCAAAUACAACUGAAGACCAUGGCAACACACUGGAGAAGAAUCCUCACAGUAUUUGUGACAGCUCAAGUACUAUUUGUGGUAAAUGCCUUUGAGGAAGAGGAUGUACCUGAAGAAUGGAUUCUUCUUCAUGUUGUCCAAGGUCAGAUUGGAGCAGGAAACUACAGCUAUUUGAGACUAAAUCAUGAGGGAAAGAUCGUUCUUCAGAUGCGGAGUUUAAAAGGUGAUGCGGACUUGUACGUGUCUGAUGUGACACUUCACCCCAGCUUUGAUGAGUACGAGUUACAGUCUGUGACUUGUGGCCAGGACAUCGUCCACGUGCCUGCCCACUUCCGCCGCCCCGUGGGAAUAGGGAUUUAUGGCCACCCCUCUCACCUGGAGAGUGAGUUUGAAAUGAAGGUGUACUAUGAUCGAACAGUUGUACAGUACCCGUUUGGAGAGGCUUCUUACAACCCUGAGGAGAUGGAGGCAAACCAGAAAUACUCACAGUCUACAGAAGAUGAAUCUCAGGAUGAGGAGUCUGUUUUCUGGACUAUACUUAUUGGAAUCUUGAAAUUAAUACUUGAAAUCCUUUUUUAAAUUGAUACACACUGGACUUAAGCCACACUUCAUCCUGUGAAAUUGGUAUGAAUGACUUGCUGUAAUACUCACUAUGUUUCCUGAAGAUAUUCAGGUUACAUUUCCAAAACCGGAAAGGAAGUGGGGAGAAAAAGCCAUAUUUAAUUUUUUAUUGUAAAUCCUCCCCAAUAUGUAAAACGAGCAACCAGGACAGUAUUUGCAGUGCUCUUCAGAGAUCAGGGCUUAAAAAUGAAUGUACAGUUGGGAUCUUGUUAAAUUCGCUUAAAAUAGGUGCUUAGGAAAAUCAAUUCCAAUUCAGUAUUUUCUAUUUUUUUUUUAAUAAAGAAAAAUGAAUAAACUACUGCA